UUAAUCCGGAGGCGAAGGGAUCUGUGGGAGUGCAACGAGAGGAGGAGCCGCCGCCGCCGGGCCUCCGAGAGCUGGAGCAGGAGCCUGGCGAAAGUUGGCGGCGGCGCGCCCUGGGCGCAGCGCGCUUUUGUGUGUGCGGUGCGGGCAGGGCUGGGCUCCGGAGCGGAGGCGCUGGGGCCGGCGACGACUCUGCCCCCUCUGCGCGGCCGCUCCGGCAGCGGAGGAGGCGACUGUGCCUGCCCGCCCGCCGCUGUUGCUCGUUCGCCUCUCUCCUCCUCCUCCUGCUCUAGUGAUGGCGCUGGCGGCGCUGGCUGCUGCGCGUUCUCCUCCCUGGCGAGGCUGCUCGGCGGCCGGGCGGUGUUGAACGCGGCGGCGGCGGCUGGAGCCUGGUCCGGCCCAUGCCCCGGGGGGCGGAGGAGCCCGAGCCGCCCACCCGUGCAGCGGCGAGCGGGGGGGAGGCGGCACCGGCGGCGGCGGAGGGCGCUCUGCAUUGUGCACCGCGGCGCGGCGGCGGCGGCAGCAGCAGCAGCAGCGAGGGCGGCAGGCAGGCCCGGGAGGAGCCGGACUCGCCUUCCUGCUCGCCCGCGCCGAGCCCCAUGAACGAGCCGGGAGGCUCCGGAGCGGCAGAAGAAGGAGGAGGCAGCGGCGGCGGCGGCAGCAACAGCGGAGGAGGACCCGCCGCCGCUUCGCCUUCCGAGGACGCAGCCCCGGCAGCGCAGGCUGAAGGGAGCAGCAGCAUUGGGACGAGAGCGUCUGCUGGCAGGGAACGCUUAAAGAGGAGCCAGAAGAGCAUGAAGGCGGAAGGGUCGGAUUCGGCGGCAUCUCAGUCCUCGCCAAGCGAGGAGACGACAAUGACGGAGGUGAAGGUGAAGACGGAGCUGCCAGAUGACUACAUUGAGGAAGUGAUCUGGCAGGACGAUGCCAAAGAUUCGAAGAAGAACAUGAAAGGCGGGGUGGGCGAGGUGCCGGCCGAGAUCUGCGUGGUGAUUGGCGGGGUCCGGAACCAGCAGACGCUUGGUAAGCUAGGCUCUUAUGAAUGUGGAAUAUGCGGGAAGAAAUAUAAGUACUACAACUGUUUCCAGACGCAUGUGCGAGCACACAGAGACACAGAUGCUACGUCAGGCGAAGGCGCGUCCCAGGGCACCUCUGUAUUCUCCCUCCCCCACCCCACCCCAGACAAUUUUAGGUACACGUGUGACAUCUGUGGGAAGAAGUACAAAUACUACAGCUGUUUCCAAGAGCACAGAGACCUUCAUGCUGUGGAUGACCCCUACGACCAAGCGAUCCUAGCGAAGGAUGAAGUGAAGGAAGAGGAGCCCGAGCCGUUUCAGAAGAUUGGUCCAAGUAUGACUUACAGAGUUUGCAACUUAAAGACUGGCAACUACACCUGUGAGUUUUGUGGCAAGCAGUACAAGUAUUAUACGCCGUACCAAGAGCACGUGGCCCUUCACGCCCCCAUCAAGUACUCCCGAUCUCCACUCUUCGUGGCGGUGAAGACGCAAGCAAGCCAGUCGGGCAAAAAAACGCCGGCGUCCCUAAUCCGCUGCUCUACCCUCCUCCACCGCACUCCCUCCGGUGUUCCCCCGGCGUCCCAGGCACAGAUCUUCCGCGCUCCAAAUUCUGGAUCCCCAGGAAGCAAGGCUACCACAGCAGAAAGCGCUUUCAGUCGGCGAGUGGAAGGCAAAACGCAGAACAACUUUGAGGAGACCAACAGCAGUUCCCAGAACUCCAGUGAAACCGCCAGUCCCCUGGUUUCAAAUCCUUUCCCGCUUUUGCAAAAACCGUACACCUGUGGGGCUUGUGGCAUCCAGUUCCAGUUCUACAACAACCUCCUCGAACACAUGCAGUCCCACGCAGCUGACAAUGAGAACAGCAUUGCCUCUAACCAACCCAGGUCCCCUCCAACGGUGGUGGAAGAGAAAUGGAAGCCACAGCCCCAAAGAAACAAUGCCAACAACAUGCCGGCCAGCGGCUCGAUCGUGAACAGCGCCAUCCCUGAGAAGGAGCGUCAGAAUAUCGCGGAGAGGCUGCUGCGGGUGAUGUGUGCCGACCUGGGGACGUUGAGUGUGGUGAGCGGCAAGGAGUUUAUCAAGCUGGCGCAAACCCUCGUUGACAGCGGUGCCCGCUACGGCGCCUUCUCCGUCACGGAGAUCCUCGGCAACUUCAACACACUAGCCCUCAAGCAUUUGCCACGCAUGUACAACCAGGUGAAAGUGAAAGUCACCUGUGCUCUCGGCAGCAACGCGUGCUUGGGGAUUGGUGUGACCUGCCACUCCCAGAGCGUUGGCCCCGACUCCUGCUACAUCUUGACAGCGUACCAAGCGGAAGGGAACAGCAUCAAGAGUUACGUCCUGGGGAUCAAGGGGGUGGACAUCCGGGACAACGGGGACUUGGUCCACCACUGGGUGCAGAACGUGCUCUCUGAGUUUGUGAUGUCGGAGAUCCGGACAGUGUAUGUCACGGACUGCAAGGUCAACUCCUCGGCAUUCUCCAAGGCUGGGAUGUGCUUGCGCUGCUCAGCCUGCGCCUUGAACUCUGUGGUCCAGAGUGUUCUUAACAAGCGGACUCUUCAGGCACGCAACAUGCACGAAGUCAUUGAGCUGCUGAACGUCUGUGAAGACCUGGCGGGCUCGACGGGCAUCUCCAAGGAGACGUUUGGCUCUCUCGAGGAGACGUCGCCUCCGCCCUGCUGGAACUCCGUGACGGACUCCCUCCUGCUCGUCCACGAGCGCUACGAGCAGAUCUGCGAGUUCUACAGCAGGGCCAAGAAGAUGAACCUCAUCCAGAACCUCAACAAGCACCUGCUGAGCAAUCUGGCCGCCAUUUUGGCCCCAGUGAAGCAGGCCGUCAUCGAGCUGAGCAACGAGAGCCGGCCCACCUUGCAGCUGGUGCUGCCCACCUAUGUGAAGCUGGAGAAGCUCUUCACCACGAAGGCCAAUGACGCGGGGAUCGUCAGCAAGCUGUGCCACCUCUUCCUGGAAGCGCUGAAGGAGAACUUCAAAGUCCACUCGGCCCACAAGGUGGCCAUGAUCCUGGAUCCUCAGCAGAAGCUGCGCCCGGUCCCACCCUACCAGCACGAGGAGAUCAUCGGCAAGGUCUGCGAGUUGAUCAACGAGGUGAAGGAGUCUUGGGCCGAGGAGGCAGAGUUUGAACCUUCCACCAAAAAACCACGGACCUCGAGCGAGAGCUCGCCGACUCAGGAAGAAGACCGGUCGGGCAAAAGCGAAGUGUAUGACUACUUGCAGGAGCCCCUCUUCCAGGCGCCCCCCGACCUCUUUCAGUACUGGUCCUGCGUCACUCAGAAACAUACCAAGUUAGCCAAGUUGGCCUUCUGGCUCCUGGCAGUGCCUGCUGUCGGGGCCAGAAGUGACUGUGUGAAUAUGUGUGAACAGGCCCUCCUGAUCAAGCGGCGGCGGCUGCUAAGUCCCGAGGAUAUGAACAAGCUCAUGUUCUUGAAGUCCAACAUGCUUUAGGACUCGGUGUGGGGGUGGGUGGGGAAACCGGAAACCCUCCAAAGCAAACCCUUUUCCCCCCACGCAUGCAAAACACUGUUCCAAACUAUGAACCCAACUUAAAUUCUAAACACUGUGGACCUCAUGACCAGACGCCCUGGGAAACAGAAGUGCUUUUUAUAUAGGUAUAUAAUAUAUAUAUAUAUAUAUAUAUAUAUAUUCUAUAUAUGAAUAUGUGUAUAUAAAAAGCUACCUUGGAAAGGAAUGUUGGGCGCAAGUCACGUCUCUGCUAGGAGCACACUCCUUUCUUUAGAUAGUGUGUGUGUGUGUGUGUGUGUGUGUGUGUGGGGACACAUUGUCAUGUCAAGAGGGCAGGCGAAUGGGGUGCACACUCUCUGGUGUCUUUAGGCAGCUGCAUUCAAAAGUGACUUGAAUGGUUGUAGGUUUGUUAUGAUUUUCUCUCUCUUGUGUUUCUCCCUCCCACCCCGAACCCUUCUGUUUUGCACCUCACCGCGCCCCCCCGCCCCCCGCCUGGGACAAUCAAAACCCUGCUCUCCGCUGGCCCUGAUCCACACUGGACUUUGUUCCCAAGAGCAACUGUGCAGCCCGAAGGCCUUUUGGUCUUGGCCUUCGGAAGGGAACAUCGCAAGUUCACGAGGCAGCUGUGUUUCAGAAACACCAAUCUUUUUCUCUUAGAAAUGAGGAUGGGAGACUUGAAGGAUUUUUUUUUUUUAAAGAACUUUUUCAAAACAGAAAUCUUUUUUUUCCUGUCUCCACUCCGGUUUUGUUUUGUGUUUAAGUUUGAUAGCUGAACUGUUUCUCCUUUUUUAAAAAAGGAGGCGGUUCUGAUGUAGACCAGAGGUAAUUUGUUAUGGCAAAGAGAAUGACUGUAACUUAGCUGGUGUUUUUUGUCCCCCGCUCCCCUCCUGUUUUUCUCCCCAGUAUAAACUCUUCUCCCCUCGCCCCCACUAACGCCCUCCCUUUGGGUCUGUGUGCAUGGCUGGAUUUGCUCACCAAGGGAAAAGUGGCGGGGGGCGUUGUGGGAGGAUGUUCGUGGUAAAAUAGGACUCUGGUAGCCAAAUACUGGUGGAAAUGCCGAACUGUAGCUCUGUGAGCAGGCAGACCUUCCUCCCUCCGUGACCUCCAAAAACAGUCACUUGCGAUGAAGAACUUCUGCUCUCCUGUUCCACAAGCCUUCCCGAUACAGUGUCCGCCUUCAGAGCAAUAGGGGCCUUGUCCGCCACGGGAAGAGACGCUUCUGGUUUCACUCCUGGGCUGGGAUGGCAGGUAAGAGGAGUGUGCGGCGGGCCUGAGAGCCCGGGCUGUCCGAAGGCACAGGGUGGGUCGGUCCCAGCUCUGGGCACAGAGGUCUGCUUCUGAAGACUGCUGCACUUGUGACGCGCAGAGAUAGGCAAGAGCCCCGGGGGCUGUUUGGGCUGGGUGGCGGCGGCGGCGGCAUCUUGCCAGGAGGGUGCAGUCGUUCCCAGCGGGAUUGGCCACUGGCCUGGUUGAUCUUUCUAAGGCUGUGCGGGGCACUGCUGUUCUCGCGUGUGCGUGGGGCGUUUGGUUCCUGUUGUGCCCUCCAGCUCUGUCUGCUCCCUGAGCGGCAACGCCGGCGGAGAACGGGCAGCUACGCAGGAGAGGGCAGAGUUGGGGCUGGUGCAGUCCACUCUGAAAGCUGGCUGGUCCUCAGCCAGGAUGGCUACUAGCCACAGGUGCCUUGGCCCGUGAGUGGGGGGAAGAAGAGUUGCCGGGCCUUUUCCGGGCAGAUUGCCCCAUCGCUGACGGUGUGUGGUCGCUCUAAGCCCAGAGUGCAGAAACGUGCCUUUCUUUGCUGACCGUGCCAGCUAGUUCAGCGUGGCCCAGAGCCACGCCUGGCCUGCCUUGGCAGAUAGCUUAGCCCGCCCCCCAGUGAAGCGAGUUGAAAGGGGCUGAAGGGAGCCCCUUGCUUGUAGCCCACCGUCUCUUUGGGCCAAGGAGCGGUUUCCCAAGUUGGAGGGCGUGCAGAAAGCGUGCUCUGCCAUUUGGGCGUGGGUGUGUGUGUGCUGCGUGUGCUGUGGCUGAUGGCAGCUGUAGGGUUACAACAGCUGGUGAGUCAAGGUUGCCUCUUGCGUAAGGGAAGCUUGUUUACUCUUGGCUAAGCCUCCCGUCCGUGUCUGAUGCCCUCUUGCCCAUACGGCCGUGGUCUUUGCUCGAGAGCAGCCGUGCGGUCAGUGCACAGAACCUGGUUGUAGGUUCUUGUGGGGGCAAACCCACCACCCCCACCGCCUUCUUGGAGAAAUGCUUCCAGUUGCAAUUCUUGUAUUUCAAAACGAGCUAGAGAGAGAGAGAGCUCCAGUUCCUGGUUAGUUUGGGGCAUCUUAGGAAAUUCUAUCAGAAGGGAGAGAAGAGCUGCAGUUCAGCAACAGCUAGCCAGCCAAGGUUGCCUCCCUCUGGCCAAGUGAGGUACCCUUUAGUGGGUCAGACCGUCGGCAGCAGGGGUGGUUGCUCUUGCCGAAGGAGUGAGACCAGAGGUGACAAUUCCUGGGGUGGGGAGGCAGAGUUGUAAUCCACAAUAUGCCAUCUUGCCACUUCUUCCCAACCCAGCUCUGUGUCAAAUGCAGGCGAGGGCCACUAGAGCCACAAGCUUGUGGGGUGGGGUGGAAAUGCAGAUGAAGAGGAAAGAGACUGUGGUGCAUUUGAUCCAGACUCAAGUUUCUAGUUCACAUGACUGAAAAGCUAAUUUUGAACAGAAGGCUGACCAAUAGAAGGCACUUGGAGGACGGAUUUGCCCGUGUCCGCCAUGCAGAAGCUAAGGAGAGUGUGUUGUGGGGAGACAGAGAGAGUGGUUCCCUUUCUUUCCUGCUAUGUGUGUUACAAUAACUCUGCUCCUGAGGGGAGGCUGGGGAAGAGAAGAGUCUGUUGGGAAGCAGGGGGACAGAACACAGCAGCCACCCGCGUUCCUGUCUCUUCCCACAGUGAUGUGUGUACAUUACCUUCGUUGUAGAUCAGUGUUCCAGGCAAUACCAAGAGAUGCUUCAACUGCAUCUCCUCUACCUGAGAGUUACAAAAAAAAGAGUCAUCUUUACGAGAAGAAGAAAAAAAAAGAUUACAGGAAAAAAAAAGUUUAAAAAUAUACAAAAAUAUUUUUUAGGCCAGAGUUUUCUACAGGUAUUAAUGAAUAUUUUUCUUAAUCCUUAUAAGUUUUACUGUGUUUAAUAUUUCUUAAUACCGGUAGCAUUAAUUUAUACUUUUGUAGCAACACACUAUUUUUAUAAAAGCGCCACGACUGGCUUGUCUUCAUGAUUGGGGGUGGGACGGGGUGGGGGGGGGGAGAGAGAAAUGGUGUGAGGGCGCCCAGCCCUCCUGCUGAACCAUGUACUGUAUUUAAAAAGAAAAAAAGGUUUAUCUACUGUCACGCUUGCUGUGUGUUAAUAAACAAAAACCAAAAACC